AUGGCUACACAAUAUUUUGAGCAUAAACUUGAUCUAGGGAGUUUUUCGGAACAACCUCAUUUUCAAUUGAUGGAAUGGCAUCCAUCAUUGAAUAUUCUAGCUGUAGCAUCGAUUACUGUUGGUACAAAUAUAUUCUUCUAUGGAGAAGAUGGUGAACAAGAUGAAGCAGCUCGUGUACAACAUACGGGUAAUGCUUCUUGUAUGGAAUGGCAUCCAGCUAAAAAAACUUUAGCGAUUGGUUUUUCAAAUGGUGAAUUGAUGAUAUGGCAUGGAUCAAAUCGUCGAUUAGAAAGUGUUAUUGUUCAUAAAAGUUGUAUAACAACAUUAACAAUAAAUAUGGAUGGAACACGUUUAUUAUCAGCUGAUCAAGAUGGUUUAAUCAUUCUUUGGAAAGCUGAGUCUUUAGCACAAAUAUCUCAACAAAGUGUAAUAUUGCAAGUUACUGUUCCUGGUGAAUCAGUUACAUACGUACUGAGUAAAUCAUCACCUUCAGGACGAUCUGAUCAAGAUUAUCGAGAUUUAGCUCGAGCAGCAGUUGAAGGUGAUCAAGCUGCAUUAGAUCUGCUUGCUAUGAGUACAAAUCGACAACAAUUUAAUGAACCAGUCACUUUUUAUGUUGGUACUGAUAAAGGAAAUGUUUAUAUGGUAACUGAUAAAUUACGAAAAAUAUGUUCGGCUGAUGAUGCCAUUGCACGUCUUUUAUAUUCAUAUGAUUAUGAUAUGCUUAUUGUUGUUACAAAAGGAAAUAUGAUGACACAAUAUAAUCUUCAACAAUUACAAACACAAUCUGAAGUUUUAAUUCCUACACAUUCUGGUAAAUUAUCUGGUCGACCAACAGAUUCAGAUUUUACUUUAAUUGGUACAACAUUAUUUGCUUAUGUCACUGGUGAAUCAACAAUACGAAUGAUUGAUCUUACUUCAUCAGAUAAUCUUCUAUUGAAAAUAAAUCCAGAAAUGGGUUAUGCUAAUAAUGAAGUUUUAAUUUCUGUAUCUUACAGUGCAAUGAAAGGAAUUAUUGCUGCUGGUACUAAUCGAGGAAAUAUUGCGUUUUGGAUUUAUAAUCCAAAUCGUCGUAUAACAGAUGUGGAAAAACGUUGGAUUCUUCAACGAGCUAAACAAAUUGCCACUGGUAUACCUAUUCGAAGUUUAAAAUAUUGUCCACAACGAAAUUGUCUUGCUGCUAAUUUGAUUUCACAAUUAUUUCUACUUACUGAUGAAAAUAUGUCAGCAGCUUAUCGAGAUCAACUUGCGGUUGUUCAACUUAGUCCAACAAUUAUUCAUAUAGCAUUUUUUCGCUAUAGUAUUGUCAAAGAAGAAGAAUUAGAUAUGCCAUUUAGAAAUUUAUGUGUUUCUAAAAAUCAUAUUGCUAUUUGGAAUAAAAAACAAAUUCGUAUUUAUGAACUUAUUUGUGAUGCAUCAAAAUCCGAUGAUGAAAAAGUUGUUCGAAAUGAAAAAGGUUGUUUUUCUUGUUCAGCAUCGAAUGUUAUUCUUUACGAUCAACUUUUAUUUGUACAAGAAAAUGGUCGUGUUAAUGUUAUGUCUUUUCAAGGAACAUCUCGACAAACAAUUGCAUUUGCACAAAAUGAAGGUGAAGUAAAUACAAUUAAUUCAAAUGGAUCAUUUCUUGUUGUUGGUUCAACCAAAGGCUAUGUGAAAGUUUUUGAUAUAUCUCGACGUGAAUUACGACAAAUUGGUAAAACAUUAAAUAUAAAUGCACACACACCAUCAGUUGAUUCAAUACGUGAAUUAGCAGUUAAUUGUACAGGAACAAAAGUUACAAUUCUAACAUCACAGACAAAUCUUAAUCCAAGUAGUCGACUCUAUGUAUGGGAUGUAGAAAAGGAUGUUGUGACAUGUUUUGAUUUUAGUUCGGAGAAAUUACCAGGUACUGAAUAUGGUUAUAUUAGACAAAAAGAUGCUACAAAAAAUACACCACAAUAUCGUCGUUAUCCAUCAAAUAUUCAAUGGGAUCCAGAAGAUUCUCGAUUGAUGGCAUUAGAAAUUUAUUUACAUCAACAAAAACUUGAUUUAAGUGCAUCAUUAAGUGGUGAUGAUAAAACUUAUGAUAUAUUGUUAACAAGUCGAGGAGUUGGAGAUGGUGAUUCAAGUAUGGCAGAUAAUCAUACAAUUACAACACGAGAAUCAAUUGUAGCAAAUCAAGAAGAUACGGCUGCAUCAUUAAUCGUCAGUAUGUUUUGCACAUCAGAUAAUCAAAUAUUUCCAAAAGAUGUUUUCCUACGAAAUGUUUCUUAUCGACAAUUGAUUGCUAUUAAAAUUCCAUUUUAUUUCUUUGUUACACGAGAUACACAUUCGGACUUAGAUCGACAUAUAAUUAAAUCUCAUCCAACAUUACCAACAUCAAAAACUGAUUCAUCAGAUACAAUUGAUGAAAAUGUUUCAAUGAAAAACUCACGUAUUCGUAUUCAACUUCCUAAACUUGAUACAUUAGAUAGUAGUGGUCUUAUUUCUCAAACACAUAGUCAUGAUCAACGUUCAAAUGGUUUUCUUUCAGAUUCAGAACUUAGUGAAAGUAUAGUCUAUUCAUCUUAUCUUACAGGAAAAACAAUGGCAGAUUUUAUUGGUGUUAAUGGUCUUGAAAAAAAUAUUAUUGAAGCAAUUAUGAAUUUUAGUUAUAAUUUAGUAUUAGGAGAUCUUGAUGCUGCAUUUAAAGCAAUAAAAAUUAUUAAAAAAGAAAGUGUCUGGGAAAAUUUAGCUCGUAUGUGUGUAUUAAAUCGACGUGCUGAUGUAGCAAAAAUUUGUCUUGGUAAAAUGGGUCUAUUUCGUGCUGCACGAGCUUUACGUGCAGUUGAUCAAGAUAAUCCUGAUACAAAAAUAGCUAUUUUAGCUAUACAUUUAAAUAUGAGAGAAGAAGCAGAAAAAAUUUUACUUCAAUCAAAACAAUAUGAUCUUCUUAAUCAAUUAUAUCAAUCAACAAAUGAAUGGGAAAAAUCUAUUGAUAUAUCAACACAUUAUGAUCGAAUACAUUUACGUAAUACAUAUUAUAAUUAUGCUAAACAUCUUGAAGAAAAUAAUCAAUUAGAAAAAGCAAUUGAAUUUUAUGAAAAAUCAGGAACACAAACUACUGAAGUACGACGAAUGUUUCUUGAACGAAAAGAUAUUGCAGGAUAUAAAGCAUAUACAGCAAAACAAAAUGAUCCAAAAUUAUUUCGUUGGUGGGGUCGUUAUUUUGAAAGUCGAGGUAAAAUGGAAGAUGCACUUGGAUGUUAUCGAAAAGCCAAUGAUAAUUUAUCAUUAUGUCGAUUGCUUUGUGAACAAGAUCAACCAGCUAAGGCUAUUGAAUUAUGCUCAGAUACAGGAAAUAAAGCUGCUUGUUAUCAUAUGGCAAGAUAUUUUGAAAAGAAAGGCGAUUAUAAACAAGCAAUUUCUUAUUUUCAACAAGCAUCAGCUAUUAGUAAUGCUAUGCGUCUUUGUCGAGAUCAUCAUUUGGAUGAAUAUUUGGCUAAUAUUGCUGUACAAGGUACACCUGAUGAUAUGCUUGAAGCAGCACGAUACUUUCAAACUUUACCUUUACAAGAAGAUCGUGCUAUUUUACUCUAUCAUAAAGCUGGAUUAACUUCGAAAGCAAUUGAUUUGGCAUUCAAACAUGAACGAUAUUCAGCGUUAGCACAAAUAGCUGAUAGUGUUGGUAAGAAUGUUGAUCCAACACAAGUGACUCGAAUGGCUGAUUAUUUUAUGCAAUUAAAACAAUUUGAUAAAGCUGUUGAUUUACUUGCAGCGAUUGAUCGAGUUGAUGAAGCAGCAGAUUUAGCAAUUCGAAAUGAAAUUCCAUUAACAGAAGAAUUACUUGAACGAUUAAGUCCUGCUAAACCUACUAACGAAGAAGAUAUGCCUAAAUAUCAAGCUAUUUGUGAAAAAUUAGGUGAUCUAGCUGUUAGUCAAGGAGCAUAUGCUGGUGCCGCAAAGAAAUAUCUCGAUGCUGGCAAUAAGAUUAAAUCAAUGCGUGCAUUGAUACAUUCUGGUGAUGUUGAACGUAUAACUAUGUUUGCAAGUGUAGCACGUAAUCGUGAAGUUUAUUUACUUGCUGCUGAUUAUUUGAAAACAUUGGAUUGGAAAAAAUAUCCAGAUGCAUUACAAAAUAUAAUGAAUUUUUAUAAAAAAGCAAGAGCAUAUGAAAAACUUGCUCAAUUUUAUGAUAUGUGUGCACAAAUUGAAAUUGAAGAAUAUCGAGAUUACAAUAAAGCAUUAGAGGCAUUAAUGGAAGCAUAUAAAACAUUGAGAGAUAAUGGUGAAAAUACAUUUACAAAAGAUGAAACAUUACAAGAACUUGAACUCAAAUGCCGAAAUAUAAAACGAUUUAUUGAUGCUAGAGAUCGAUACCUCAAUGAUCCCGAAACAGGUUCUCGUGAAUUGGCUAGUUUAUUAACAGAUCAAAAAAUAUUUAUCGGUGUUCAUCCAGGUGAUGUUUAUGGAAUGUUAAUCGAUCAUUUUGGACGACAAGAAAAAUAUAAACAAGCUGGAAUGUUACUCGAUGAAUUACAAGAACAUAUUCCUGAACGUUAUUUUUCUCAUUAUAUUAAUCCAAAUUUACUUUCGGCUAUUUAUGCUGCAACCGGACGUAAAAUGGCUCCACCAGAUCAACCAUCAGAGAGUAUGACGUAUAAUAAUGAUGACCAUGAAGAAAAACUAGUAACUGAUGAUUAUCAAAAUGAUCGACGACGAAAACAACAACAACAAGGAACUUUAGGCAAAAGUCAUAUCUAUGCAGAAGAAAUUGAUGACAAUAUUGAUUAUGGAGCUGUUGAUGACUGA